GUUGGACAGCAGUCAUUUGGCUCUAUCUUGUGGUCAUAUAAAGUAAAUGCAACUGAAAGUGAACAGCGUUACCUCCGUUUUGCCAGAUUCCCAGCCAAGUUAAACUACACGUCAGUAGAAAACCUGUACUGGUGACUGGACGUGUGCAGUGCGCGUCAGGCGGUUCCCGGAUGCACUAAACAGAAACAUGGAACGGGUAGUGGUGGAAGUGCCGAUCAACAACGGUUUUUCUCUUCCUGGCCCCUCCACAACCCCACGAAAGCGUCAGGUGCGUUUUUCAGCGCGGCAUGACAUCAUCCUUCUGAGGGAGGUUAUUGCCCAGAACCCCUUUGUCUCUAAAGAGCCAGGACGAAUUUGGGCCCGUGUGGGGGAGAUCAUCACUGCAGCCCUUCAAGAUGAAAACUUUGAGGUGGAUGCCAGGAGGUGCAGGGAGAGGACCAUGCUUUUGCUGGACUACUACAAGAAACAAGACUUUCCCAGUCUGCGCAGAUUUGGAACAGAGAGGUUGUACGCCCAAAAGGAAGAACUGCUCCAUGAGGUUUUGGAGCUCGAGGCUGAGAAGGGGCUUCUAGUCAGCGGGGAAAACACAAAGUACCAGGAUGAGGAACUGAGAAAGCGAGCCAUAGAAGAACUAAGUCUACCAGAGCAGGACAAACCCAACAUCAGCAUCACACAAACACCCACUGCAGCAGAACCAGAAGAAGACCGUGUGGAAAUGGCACAGCUUUCAGCGGGGCCCAUGGCCAAGCAGCCCUGCCAGUGCUGCUGCCAGACCUACUCGGAGAUUCUCAGCUUCCUGGAGAAACGCUCAGAGGCAGAGCAACGGCUACGAGAGGAGGAACUUGCCCUGCGCCGGGAAGAGCUGGAGAUUCAAAGGAGUAAGAUCACUCUUGAGAGGGAGCGUCUGGGAGCUGAGAGAAAAGAGAGGGAACGCAGAUUUGAGCUGGAGAGCCAAGAGAGGCAGGUCAUCUUGGAUCUGCUAAAAGAAAAGGUGCUGAAAGGCUGAAAAUUGUAUCACUUGCAAUUUAAUGCCAUCUUUCAAAGCUUGAAAUCGGGAAACAACAGUGGAUCACUUAAACGAGGAAGGAAACCAAGGAAACAGGAAAGUAAGAAGAUCAAUGGUUGUAGGGUGUUACACAGGUUAUUGUAAAGUAACUAAACAAAAUGGAGGGUGGUAAGCCAAACAAAUGAGCAAUGUUGAGUGUCUGGGUGUGUGCACACAUGUAUUGUGUGUGUGGUGCGCAAAGUACCAAAAAUACAUUAACCUGCAGACAGUGUUCAAAAGCUGCAAUAACUUCCUAAACCAGCUGCACGAAGCUGACCCAUAUAGAUCCCAGUAGACACUCGCUGCGUUUUGUGCCUCAUGGCAAAGUCUGAAUGUGGAUUUAAAAAGCGCUGCAAUUGCUGGAGUGUCACCUAAGAAAUGGAAUGCAGAAAAGGGUGUGUGUGCGGUGUCUUAGGUGUGGUCAUUGACGGAGCCAAAACUGACAUGCAGGAUCACUGUUGCACCAAUGAGUCCUGUUCACACCAAGGGACACCAGUAUUUGUGGUGCCAGGGGGAAAGAAAUCGAGGAACAACAAAGAAAAGCGGUAUUCAAGUAGUUCAAAAUAAAGUUAGGUGCAGCUCAAGCUUUUGAAAACCAUUUAGCAUUUGCCAUAUUAAUGGUUUCACACAUGCUAGGUUCAGCCACUUCUUUUUAAAUUUAAUUUAUUUUUAUUAAAAUAGAAGUAAAACGAAAUUUUACUGACUGUGAAUUCACUGUACAGUAAGCACUUUUGUACUGCAAACAAUACAAAUCUUCACAUGGGUGUCCAUGUUACAUAGAUUAUACAGAAACAACCUUUUUUAACUGAUGUGAAUGUCAAAAUUGUUGUACAUUAAUUUUGCAGUUAUUAGUCAAAUGUACUGUAUGUUCUCAAUAUUACAAUAUUACAUUAACAUGGAAGUCAUGACAGAACACUUUUUAUUACAUCUUCCAUGGAUUCAUUACAUAACACUUGCUACUGUGACUUUCUGUAUAUUGUUCAUUGAGAAAUUCUAUUUUUCUUUAAGUCCCCAUAACAUAGCCUUGUAUAAAUUGAACACACAGGUUUUUACUAAUUUCUAUUCUGAAAAUAAAAAGGUGGCUGUGUU